AUGGCGAAAGGAAGCGAUUAUGAUGCCGUAGCGUACGAGCCAAUGCCGAGGGAAGGGUUCGAUGCUGGCGAUGAGGGACCUUUGGUCGGUAACCAUGAUCAGGGAUUUCUGUUCGAUGACCAGGCGGAUGGCGCCCACAGCACUCAGCUUACCUAUAUUGCGCCAUCAGUCAAGAAGCCGGUAUAUGCACUGGGUAUCACACUACUUUUUCUUCUGGUUGCUGUGGUUUUAACCGUCAUUCUGCAACCCACGUUUCUCUACGGCGAAACCUGCGUUACACCCUUUGGUACCAUUAUUGGUGUGCACAAUGGCGUUUUCGCGUAUAGCAACUGCCGAAGGGAUCACAUCUCCACCAAAAAAAAUAGCAUCAAAGGUGAAGGCUCCAUGGAGACUGGCAUGGAAUGGCAGUGCUUUGAGUACGUGAAACGCUAUUGGAUCAUGCGUGGAGUUCCUCAGUCUGUUAUUUUACCCACUGCAAGAAAGUCCAGUGAACUUUGGUCGUUCACACAAGCAACCUUUAAAAACGGCUCAAAGGUGCAACUGGAACGGCACGACAAUGGGGGGCCCCAACCACUAGUUGGUGACCUUUUGGUAUAUCGCGAGCAACCCGCCCUGUUGCCGGUUGGUCAUGUCGCCGUUAUUGUGCGCGUGGGGAAGACACAUGUUUGGGUGGCCGAACAGAACUGGUUUAACAAACAAUGGCACCCGCCGUUCCACAACUUUUCACGCACCAUCAAGAUGCAUCACAAUGCAGAAAGCCAAACCUACGAGUUGGAGGACAUGGCGGGUACAACUAUCAAGGGCUGGAUGCGGUACAAGACGUAG